AUGUUCGAGGAUGUGACAGAGGCUCUAUGGGAGAGUGUGUCAGAUGCUAUGAUGACCCAAGUAGUACAUAAUCAAGCGUUCCUGCUCUCUGAAUGGACACGAGCCUUGGAAGUUGGUAAUGAAAAGCUUGACACAGGUAUGCUUUUUGUUUCAUCUGAAGAAGGUUCAUUUAAUACUGAGCUCCCUCGUAACUCCAUGGAGAUCAUUGGAAUUAUGCAUAAGUUAUUGAGGGGAUAUAUUGCAUGGCUUGAAAACCAUUCAAUAACUGUGACAGUGCUUAGUUGUAGAUAUGUGCAGAAUAUUUUGGAGAACUACUAUAAAGAAUCCGAAUUGAAUGAUGGUGUUCCAAAACUUGAUAGAAUAAUAUUCAAAAUUCCUCAAUUGCUCGAAUCAUCCGAAAUCAACAAGAGUUCUCUCGAGUACCUAUUGGUGAAUCAAGUGCUUCGAGCCUUCGUUUUAGGGUUAUGUAAAAUGAUCGAUAGCACAAUCAACAUGGCCAGAUGGGUAUUAAACGAAGCUGAAGAUAUUACUAGCAGGAAUUUAGACAAAGAUGCAUUAUUUGGCAUUGGCAAAGAUUAUCAAGAAGAAAGUAGACCAUUUAUUGAUUUUUUCCAUUCUUUUGAGUUAGAUGCCAUUUUCAAAGAAAUCGAUGGAAGUAUAGAAUGGAUAGGAUGUCAGAACAUACCAGCAGAUUUGAGUAAAAGAAUGAUAGCAUACUUGAAUCUUAUGAAGCAAAUGAAUCAAAUUUUCUCCUUGAUGGAAAUCAAGUUUGAUAUCCAAAACAAGCAACCAAAGACAAAUAUGGAAUUCUUGUUUCAUGGACUUGGGAAUUUAUCUUAUCUCGUACAAUUUGAUGAAUCAAUUGAAGAUGAUGACGGUAAUGUUCCCAAAGGAGCAUUCUCCCGGUAUGUCCAAACCACAAUUAACAACGGGAAUAUUCCCCUAGAACUUCAACUGACAAAGAAUGUUCAUGCCAAGUUGAAAGCUAUGUUUACUGAUAUAAAGAGUUAUAUUGAGUAUGAAUUUGAAAUUGAAACUUCCGAACAAUUAUGCAAUUUUUUAAGGUAUGAUAUAAGCCACAAUAUAAAUCCCGAUUAUAGUGUUCUUGCUAGAGGGUUAUUUCAGAUGAUUUUAAUUCGAGAAGAUAGACUGGUACUUGGGAGUGAUGUCACUGUUGAUGGAAGUAUUGUACGACCUCUGAUGGUUCGACUAUUAAUUGAAUCUCUUGUCGGAGGCCCUUGUCUGGUAUUUGAACCGGACAUGUGGGUCCCAGGGAUUCAAGGGAAACCAGAUUAUGUUCAAACAGUAAAAGCCCGAGUUCUUGAACUGCUUGUUCCUGUGCUUCAAGAAAUUGGAUCGGUGGUUUAUCAUGAUUUGGCACUGGCUGCAAACAACCGUUGUAGACAAAGACAAUUGGCAAACCGUUCAAUCAUUUUAUGGGACUCGGCUCAGAUGCAAUGUGAACAAUUGGAAACCUCCAUUUGGGACUUUGCUCGAGUUGGUGAUGAGAUUACAAAUGCCAAAGGAGACUCUUCAAUUGGGUUACCAUUGCUGUCAUGGGUGUAUUAUUGCAAAUUAUGUCGAAUGCUUGACUUAGGAUACAUGGCGCUAGAGUUGAAUAUUUAUGAUCCAAGUAAGUUAUUUGAGUGUGAGAUUCUUUGGUGGUAUCUUGGAUAUUUAGAGGACCAGCUUGUUGAACAUUUAAAGGGUAGAGUACGACUGAUUAUUGACUCUAAGAUUCGGUUUAUUGAAAUAGUGUUACCUAAACGAAUCAAAAAGUUGAAAGCCGGAGCCAAAAAGAAUGAUCUUCGAACCCAACAUCAGAAUGCAGUUGCCAAUGAGCUACCCAACCUUAAAGACUUGCGUAAAUAUCACGAAGAGUUUCUUAUUCCACAACAUGGAUUAAUGCACCAAUUGUGUAAGGCAGCUAGAGAUUGGUGUUUUUUGGUGAUGGAGAAGACAAACAACACAACUGCUCCUACAGGUCAAACAGAUAUGAAGCAUAUAUAUGAGCUUCGGAUGAAACCUUGGGGUUCCAUUGGUGUACCUGAGACGCCAACUUACGAACAAUAUGUUAAUUCACAUCCUACUCACUCAACUAUCAAGUCGAUUGAAACCCAACUUACCGUGUGUAGGGCUCUUUCAGCGAAAGUUAACAUCGAUGGUCAUAAGAAAGCAUUUGUGAACACAACCGAAGUAACCAAAUGGAUGUCACAGAUAAAUGAAUCGAUUGAUAUGUAUGGGCAACAUGUUAAAUCGUAUCAAGAGAUGAUAGAAACCGUUCAUAGAGAUAACAUGUCUGGAAUUCAGGACGAAUCCCAGUAA